AUGGCGCUAUACGAAUAUGCCAGUAAAUUUGCCAAGAUCUGCUUCUGUGUCGGAUUCCUCACAAAUUUCUUUCUACAGUAUAUGACUGUGUUUCACAUCAAAAAAAUAACAGGCACCUAUAGAAUUAUGGUGGUAUUUUUUUCAAUGUUGGGAACAUUUUUUUCUGGGACAGAUGUUUAUUUCAAACCUUUCACACAUAACUACAACAACGCUAUGGUUUUCUUUAGCCUAAACGUCUGGGAACAUCAGAGUUUUGUUCAGUUCGGAAUCGCAUUGUAUGGUGCCACAUAUCAGUCUAUAAUUGCUAAUAUAGCCAUUCAGUUUGCUUAUCGGUAUUCGAUCUUAUUUAAGCCAACGCUUGCCGCGAUGUUCGAUGGGAAAGGUGUUUUCAUAUGGAUAGCGUAUUCUUCUUUAAUUGGAGCACUUUACUUGAGCUCUUUUUAUUUGUUUUGUCAACCUGACCAGUUUGGCGAUGAUUAUGUCAAGGAAGAGAUUCUGAAGAGAUAUGAGCUCGAUAUCAAAAGUGCUCCUCGUUUUUUAAUAAUAUCCUUGGUGAGUAUUCUAUGUUUUUUUUUAACCAUUACCUGCUUUCUGAUAUAA